GUCGCAGGUAGGCUACUCUGUGUCUGGUGCUGCUGUUCGGAUGAUUAAAAUGUCUAACGUCAGUUUUGAUAAAUCACCACGUGGAUCAAAGGCCUGGAUCGCUCUGAGACGACUUGAUAAAAACGAUGACAGAGUGGUGGCUCUUCGUGAAGUGUCCAUUCCUCCAACUGCUGAGGUUACCAUGAUCAUACAGAUUAUCACCACUACCUUUGGGCUAAACACUUCCGAUGUCAUAUUCAAGAUAAGGAACCACCGUGGCUGCCUGAUCCCUCUGAAUAGCUCGAUCCCUGCUAACAGCAAGCACAUGCCAUAUGUGCUUGAGGUAGCCAAGAUCUUUCAGCAUGUGUGUCCUAAGCCCAGAACCAUUCCCAUGACUGUGCUCAACAGGAGCAUGAAGACCAGGCUACAGACUAUUGACAGGAGGAUUCAGAGACUGGAGGAGCUUCUGCCUCAAAUUAAACUCAGGCACAACGAAAAACUAAGCCAGGAGAUUGAAUGUCUCAACCAAAAGUUGAGGUUUCUUCAUAAGAGAAUGCAGGUGGCAGAUUCUCGCAGCUGGAAGGGGGGGCUGACCAGAGCCCCUCUGUGGUAACUGUUUUAGAAGACACAGACCAUCAGUGGGACUUUGGUUACACAACUCAUUACCACAUGAGGAUGGAUGAUGAUCUGAAUUUUUACAACUUAUUUUCAUAGACCCAUGUUUUAGUUAGGUUUUAUUACAACUAUAUUAUCAGAAAUUCUUUACACUUUUUUCUGCCUGGAAAUGUAGUGUGUCACGUUUGUAUAGUUGAGGAACAUAUUUGUAACCCUUUUGUGUCGUUUUUUUUUGUGUAGAAUUAAUUAUGGAAGCACGUAUUGUUUGACAAAAUGACCAAAUGUAAUCUGUGAUAUAAUCUUUGUUGUGUGUACCAUGAAAUCAAUAA